AUGCUGCUCUUCUGUCCAACCUGCGCAAACAUCCUCACCGUCUCCGCCAUGGCCACUGGCAAUAACCGACUCGAGUGCCGAACGUGCCCCUACGAGUUCGCCAUCAGCGAGCCCCUGUACUCGCGCCGCGAGUUCACCCGCAAGGAGAAGGAGGAUGUCUUUGGCGGGCCAGGAGCCUGGGACAAUGCCCAGAAGCACACCGUUCAGUGCCCCGCCGAGGACUGCGACGGUAACGAAGCUGCGUACUUUCAAGUGCAGAUCCGCAGCGCCGACGAGCCCAUGACGACGUUCUAUAAGUGCAUGAAAUGCGGUCAUCGUUGGCGGGAAAACUAA